AAAAACACCAUUAAUUCCUCCAACGAAGAAAAGUUGGAUAUGGAUCGAAGAAUAGCCCAAAACCAGGAAAGGUUGACACGCUUACAGUCGGAGCGAGAGGAUGUUGCCCGCCAUCUUUCAACUGUAAAGCGUCUUCUUCAGGUUGCUGACCAAGAUAUUAAAACUGAAAAGCAGAAUCUUCAAUUGGCAUUGGUUGAAUUUCAAGCAAACGAGUCCAAACUUUCGGCUGUUGAAGAAACAUACACUGGGGAACAAGCUAGACGAAAACUUCUGGAGUCAAAAGUCAUCGUUCUUGGUGAUCAACUUCGCUCCCUCUUGGAGGAAGUUCGUGUAAAAGAAGGUCAGAUGGAGGAAAGAAGAAAAAAGAUUGAAACUGAGAAGCUACAUUACAUGCAAUUAAUUGAGGACGAAAGAAGUAAAGCGGCUGAAGAAAUGCGUGAGUUACGACAGGAAUUUAUUGACGAAUUGUCUACACGUGACAGACGUUAUCAGGAGGAACGUCAAAGAGUUGCACAUAACGCUUUUGAAAGAGGUCAUUUUCAGGGCAUAGAGGACGGGCAGAAUGAGGCGUUGCUUGAAGCAGAUGCGGCUACGCAGCAUCUUGCUCUCACUGCUCAGCGCCACGAAGCGGAAGUGAACGGCAUACGUAUUCGCUUAAGGAGUGCAAAAGGAAAAAACGAAGCUGACGCUUGUCGAUUGACAUCCCAAGCUUCAGCACUUCAUGGGGCGAUUGACAAUCUAAUGGGGGAAAAUUCACAGAUGGAAACAGAGUUUGACUCAUUGAAGAGUGCAAAGGAGUCUGUUGAAGAUGAUGCCUUUCAAGAACUCAGGUAUGCCAUCGAGCAGCUAUCAGUUGCCGUGGGACGACAGGAUCUCCUUGCAAUAAUACACUCUUUACGAGUCAAAAGGGAUGUUAGCUAUGCAUUUGAGACACAAAGAGAAGCAGAACGACAACGAAUUUUAAAAGAGGAACAGAAGGAGGUUUAUGAGUGGGUUUCUGGAGUGGUUGAUGGAAAAUAUGUUUCGUUUCCUAGUAUGCGCGCACAGUAUUUGACUGAGCCACCGAUUCCGUACGUUCCAGAUGUUCCUUUCUUGAAUGAAAUGGAGCCAUCGGAAAAAAUUUUUGAUUCAAAAGUUCAGGAUGAAGUAAAUAAACAGGAAGUUCUUCUUCAGUUUGAUCCGGAUGAAAUGGAUCGUCGCUAUCAGGAGCUUUUGUCGGAGCUGACUUGUACGAAUCCUGUUCUAGAACUAGACCUAAAAAAGAAUUCCUCAAAGUUGCUGUAUGAUGCCCCGUCAGCAAACAGUUUGUCUCAGACCCAAGAUGGAAAAACCGUUUAUGAGGGCACUCGUAACUCACCAUCCUCAGAAUUGACGGCAAACGCUCCAAAGAUAGAUCAACAGAAAGUAAGCGAAGAGGGUGUUUCAUCGCAGCCAUUGCCAUCCCAAACUGGGGUUCAGGUCUUUGUUUUAAAGCAAGAGGAAGAAGGUGAUUGUGGUCCCCUUGUAAAGCCUGAUAUCACUGUGGAGAAGGUGCAAGAGCCAUCGCAUGCCAUUUCUCCUAAAGAUGGAUUAUCAGAAAAAACUCUGGCGGAGAAAAAGUGUCCGUCCAUCACCUCGACCUCUUCUGGAAAGCCAACGUCAGUUCAUCAGAUCAAGGGGUCUGAAAAACAAAUAGCACCUCCACAAAAUCGAGGGGUGCCUUCUCGAGUUUGGAGGCCUAAUUUCAGUGAUUCAGAUUCUGACAUUAACCCUCCGGUGUUAUCUAAGGAGGCUGCAAUGCGCAGCUCGACGAAAGUGGCUCCGCAAAAGAGGUCUUUAUUUGAUGAUAGUGAUUCCUCUGAUGGCUCAAUAAAGUAA